GUUACUCCCUCCCUAUUGAUGCACACAACACAUAACGCACAACAAAAACACAGAGAACCGUUUCCAGCACUCACGUGUGUUGUGGCAAAAAGGCGAAAUAAAAUUCAAAAAAGAUUCCCGGAAAAUAAUCUUCUACCAAUCCAACGGCCCGGAUGGCUUCGCUCGCCUCGUCCCGAAUAUCUACUGACUCAAAUCCACCAACUCUCACAAAGCGCUAAACCCUGAGGCAAGAGAUUCUCUCUUUCCUUUCCUUUUCGGUUUUGGUCCCCCUUACUGUUUAACUAGAGACAGCCGUCAUUGUUGCUAAUGAUAUGAGCACCCAGAAAAUGACGAAAUCUCUUUGCAAGUUCUUUCGAUAGUGAAAAUUCGCAGACGCUUCCUGGAAAUUUCUCAGAUUCUCACAAAAUUUAAAAUGGAAUUUUCUCUUGGAGAUGCAAACGAGGUUCAUGGAGAGAUCGACUAGUAUGGCGAGAGAGAAGAGAGGACUAGAUUCAAGUUCUGGUGACGAAGGCCAGCCUGAUAGAAAACGGCCUGCUUUAGCUAGCGUUAUUGUUGAAGCUCUCAAGGUGGAUAGUCUGCAGAAACUUUGCUCAUCACUGGAGCCUAUUCUUAGGAGAGUUGUUAGUGAAGAAGUGGAGCGUGCUCUAGCAAAAUUAGGAGGCCCAGCCAAACUUACUGGAAAAUCUUCUCCAAAAUGUAUAGGGGGGCCUGAUGGAAGAAACUUGCAGUUGCACUUCAGAUCCAGGAUGUCCCUUCCUCUCUUUACUGGUGGGAAAGUCGAAGGGGAGCAGGGUGCUGCAAUCCAUAUUGUGUUGAUUGAUGCAAAUACAGGCCAUGUUGUCACAUUUGGUCCUGAAUCCUCAGUGAAAUUAGAUGUUAUUGUUCUUGAAGGUGAUUUUAAUAAUGAAGAUGUUGAUAACUGGACUCAGGAAGAAUUUGACUCUCAUAUAGUUAAAGAGCGUGAGGGGAAGAGGCCACUCCUAACUGGGGAUUUGCAAGUGACGCUGAAAGAAGGUGUAGGAACUCUAGGAGAGUUGACAUUUACUGACAACUCAAGCUGGAUUAGAAGCAGGAAGUUUAGGCUAGGAUUGAAGGUUUCCCCAGGCUAUUGUGAAGGGGUUCGUAUUCGUGAAGCCAAAACUGAUGCCUUUACUGUCAAGGAUCACCGGGGAGAAUUAUACAAGAAACAUUAUCCACCUGCAUUAAAUGAUGAGGUCUGGAGAUUGGAGAAGAUUGGGAAGGAUGGAUCUUUCCACAAGAGGCUGAAUAAAGCUGGGAUAUUUACUGUUGAAGACUUCUUACGGCUUGUAGUCAGGGACUCUCAGAGAUUGAGGAAUAUUCUUGGAAGUGGCAUGUCAAAUAAGAUGUGGGAUGUUCUUGUAGAGCAUGCGAAGACUUGUGUUCUGAGUGGGAAACUUUACGUGUACUAUCCUGAUGAUGCAAAGAAUGUUGGUGUUGUUUUCAACAAUAUCUAUGAGUUGAGUGGCUUAAUUGCUAAUGGACAGUACUAUUCAGCAGAAUCUCUUUCUGACAGCCAGAAGGUGCAUGUGGAUGAAUUGGUGAAGAAGGCGUAUGAGAAUUGGAUGCAUGUUAUAGAGUAUGAUGGCAAAACACUUCUAGACUUUAAGGAGAAUGAGAACAUAGCUGCUUCCCAAAUUGAUAUUCCUACCAGUCAACAGGACUAUUUGAACUCUUAUGACCAUCAAGUUACUUUACCGACCAUAUCAGUUCCAGUGCCUCCAGAGCAGCCUGCUAUGGACUCGGGUCCAACUGUUGGAGGUUACAAUGAGAGUAUGGCUGCAAGGUUUUCAAUGCAGCCGCAUACUGGAAAUCAAAACAUGCCUUUUCAAUUUGAUGCUGCUUCAUUACCUCUGCAAAACCCCCUAGGUAGUACUUCACAGCAAGCUCAAUUACCAAGAAGUGACAAUAUACCGGCACUCGGCCCACCACAGUCAUCGACAUCCAGCUUUCAAGGUGUUUGUGCACCGAACCUUACUUCUUAUAGGGGAGCUGAGGACUUUUUGCAAGAGGAAGAUAUUCGAAUGAGAAGCCAUGAGAUGCUUGAAAGUGAAGAUAUGCAGCAUCUUCUUCGCAUAUUUAACAUGGGAGGUCAGGGCCUUAACUCCUUCAACACAACUGAAGAUGGGUACCCUUACUCAUCAGCAUACAUGCCUGCCCUAUCUCCAAACUACAGCGUGGGUGAUGAUCAAUCCCGUUCAUCAGGCAAAGCUGUCCUUGGUUGGCUCAAACUCAAGGCAGCCCUCAGAUGGGGCAUCUUUAUUAGGAAAAAGGCUGCUGAGAGGCGAGCUCAGCUUGUUGAGUUAGAUGAUCCUUAAGGAUGGCCUGCGAAGCGAUACUGGCCAGGUUUCAGUGUUAGCAAGCUUCGUCCUUUCCAGCCCAAUUCCUAUCUUAAUGCUUCCACGGUUUCUAGCCUCCAGGGCUGGGUAGGGUCUUCCUGCUAUUCUUGGAUUAUAAUCCUUGCAUCUGGAGCCCUCUCUUUGUACAGUUUUCACCGCACAGUAAGCUCAUAUCGUCUAUCUAGCUGUUCAGUAGUUGUCUUCAUCUCAAGGUGAUGCUCCCUUGAGCAUUCUCAGUGUUGAGUUUUGAAGAGCAACUGAUUCGAUUGGUGAUAUUUGUUCUAAUAUUUUUCACUUGGGCUUUUCCUGUAACUGGAAAACUUAGCGUGUGAAGCAGAUAGGAUAGAAUCUAGAGGCUAAUUUUAUCUGCAACUUACUUUAUCUUGUUACGUUCUUAUUCUGUUGUGUUUAGUAAAGUCCAACAAAAAUGAACGGCUUGUAUUUAUUGUUCCUUUUUAGCAAUAAAAUAAUUGGUGAUAGGGAUGAAAUUGCCCAAUGUAACCUUUAUGAUA